CUUAUUUUUCUUUCACUACUUGUUCAUCUUGUUAGAAGGUUCACAAAAUUUCUGGUGUUCGUCGUGGUCGUUGUGUUCCUACAUCUUGCUCGUGACGUUGUUAGUAUGGCUCCUCCAUCAUAUCCUGAUCUUGGCAAACAAGCCCGCGAUGUCUUCAGCAGAGGUUACCAUUUUGGCCUAUGGAAGUUGGAUUGUAAGACAAAGACACCCUCUGGUAUUGAGUUCAACACAGCCGGGCAUUCCAACCAGGAGUCUGGCAAAGUAUUCGGAUCACUGGAGACAAAAUAUAAGGUUAAGGAUUAUGGUUUAAGUUUAACCGAAAAAUGGAACACAGAUAACACCUUGUUCACCGAAGUAUCUGUUCAAGAUAAGUUGCUAGAAGGUUUAAAGUUGGCAUUCGAAGCUACUUUCGCGCCACAAUCAGGCAACAAAACUGGAAAAUUUAAGGCUGCUUAUGGUCACGAAAAUGUGAAGGUAGACUCUGACGUGAAUGUUGACCUUAAUGGUCCACUCAUCAAUGCAUCAGCUGUAUUGGGUUAUGAAGGUUGGUUGGCUGGUUACCAGACUGCUUUCGAUACCCAAAACAAUUCCUUGAAAACCAACAAUUUUGCCUUGGGCUAUGCUGCAAAGGACUUUGUGCUGCAUACAGCUGUCAAUGAUGGCCAAGAGUUUACCGGUUCAAUUUUCCAGAAAUGUACUCCAAAACUUGAUGUUGCCGUCCAAUUAUCCUGGACAUCUGGUGGUAACAAUACCAAGUUUGGUCUUGGUGGCAAAUACCUUAUUGACGAUGACAUUAGCGUUCGUGCGAAGGUGAACAACGCUAGCCAAGUUGGUUUGGGUUACCAACAACGAGUACGUGAUGGUAUCACAGUUAGUCUUUCCGCUUUGAUUGAUGGCAAAAACUUCAAUGCUGGCGGUCACAAGAUUGGUGUUGCUUUGGAGCUGGAAGCUUAAAAGUAUCCUAAUUUAAAAACAAUGAAACAGUUACCCAUUAAAUUAUAACGGAACUCCAAAAAGAAAUAAAGAACACAGAAAUAAAUUAUUUCAUGUUUAGCCAGUAAAAACAAUAUAGCAGUUAAUCCAAAUAAAUGGGAUUUUAAUUAAACUUAAAAACACAUACACACAA